AGGUUUGUGAAUAUAACAAUGGGGAUGCUGGAGUUUUGCAUUGUUGAAGAUGGAGGAGACGCCACUUACGUUUCAAUUCCUCGUGGUGGCCCUAUAUACGUCCCUGACAUGGUGGGUCCGCUCACCCGAGUUCCCGACUUUGAGUCUGUUGUGUUUCAUCAGCUUCAGGAUCUCAAGGCGGAGGUGGAGGAGCUUUCCUCAGACUCGCUUGAACCUUGCGGUGAGGAUAUUUCAGUUGAUGAGCUUAAAAUUAUUACCGAGGAAGAGUUGGUAAAUAAGGCUUUCAAGGAAGCAUUCAAGGAUGGUGAGGUAGGAAAUUCUUCACAAGUUCCAGAAGAGCACGUGAAUGCAGGGAGAAAAGAUGAUAGCAGAAUAUCAAGCCAUGAACAUGCUUGUUUGGAAAGCUUAGAAAGAGAAAGGGAUGGUUCAACUUCGAUUGUGUCCUCAAAUGGCUCUCCUCUUAGAACUGGUGAUAAUCAAGAAUUGAGUGAAGAUACCUUAAAGAAGAGGAAGAGAAAGAGACGCAUGAAUCAGAAGAGUCAUACCCUUAAUGGAAGUUAUAUUGCUAAGGUGGAGCAACUUGCAAGAAUUAAACAAAAACAAGAUGAAAAUAAAGCAGCAGCGAGGUUGCAUUCAUUCAAUGGAAGUUGCAGGAUCAAUGAAAGUGCAUCUAUAUUCUCAGAGAAAAAUGAGAGGGUGACAUCACUCAAGUCUACAAGUUCUUCAACAAAGGUGAGGUCAUCAAACACAAGUGAACAUGUGCCGCUGCUUUAUCCUGAUGUUUCUCUUUGUGUUGAGGUUUACCACAACAGACGAACAUCAGCAAAGACUCAAGAAUUCUUGGUUCUUGGACGGCAAUUCUUGACUGAAUUGAGAGACAAGAUAUAUUGCUUGACAGAUGAGGUUAUGAAAAAAGCAGGGCAGCAUGAUUCUUCUGGUUACUUCCUCAUUGAAGAUCUUUUUUGCAAUGAUUUGAGGGAGGCCUCUGCUAUAGACUACAGUGAGCCCAUACUUAAUUGGCUCAAAAAUUCUAAAAAUGAAGCACUUGAAAAAUGGGAAUGCAUCGUAUCUGGUGAACUACAACAGAAGCAAAAGUCAAUUUUAGGCAGCGACACUGAACCACAGUUGCCUAAAUUUAAAGCUGUUGACAUGCACCAAAUGCGUUUUUGUGACCUAAAAUUUCGACUUGGUGCUGGAUAUCUUUAUUGUCACCAGGGGGAUUGCAAGCAUAUCAUCGUAAUAAGGGACAUGAGGUUGAUUCAUCCAGAGGAUGUACAGAAUCGGGCAGCUUACCCAUUAGUCACAUUUCAAGUAAAAUUACGUUUCCGGAAGUGCUCUGUUUGCAAGAUCUAUAGAGCGGAAAAAGUGACAAUAGAUGACAAGUGGGCCACAGAGCAUCCUUGUUAUUUCUGUGGUCUUUGCUAUUAUAUGCUCCACUAUGAAAAUGGCUCUCUGCUCUAUAAUGAUUUCUCUGUAUAUGAUUAUCACCAUGAAUAA